CUUUACCUAUAAAAAAGCUCACACUUUUUUGUCUCCAUGGCUUCUUCUUGUUUCCAUCGCUCGAUUCUCUUCUCCUCGCUACCCACUAACCUCCCAUCUCGAUCAGAUCCUCUCUCAGCUUUCUUCCCGAAGAAUCUGACUUGCUCUUCCCCUUCUACUCCGUCUCGUUUGUCGCUCGGAAGUGGAUCUAUCAGGAGAUUAGGUGAGUGUCGGAGAAAGUUGUCGGAAGUAAGGAGUAUGGCUUCGACGGCGUCGGGAACAGGGAAAGAGGAGAAUAAGAAGAGAGUGGAGAUUUACGACACCGAGGAGAAUCUGGCGAUUGAUUUGGCUAAAUACACAUCUGAUCUCUCCGACAAGUUUUGUAAGGAGAGAGGCGCUUUCACUGUCGUUGUCUCUGGCGGCUCCUUAAUCAAAUCUCUCCGGAAGUUAGUAGAGGUUGAGUCAAUUGAUUGGUCAAGGUGGCAUUUUUUCUGGGUGGACGAGAGAGUUGUUCCCAAGAAUCACGAUGACAGCAACUACAAACUUGCUUAUGAUAAUUUCCUUUCCAAGGUUCCAAUUCCUCCUGGAAACGUAUACGCAAUCAAUGAAUCCCUCUCUGCUGAGGCAGCAGCGGACGAUUACGAGACAUGCCUCAAACACUUGGUCAAAACCAACAUCCUCCGUGUCUCUGAAUCAACCGGCUUCCCCAAGUUCGACCUCAUGCUUCUCGGUAUGGGCCCCGAUGGCCACGUAGCUUCACUUUUCCCAGGGCAUGGUCUCUGCAGCGAGAGCAACAAAUGGGUGGCUUCCAUCACAGACUCUCCAAAGCCGCCGUCUGAGAGAAUCACCUUCACAUUCCUGGUUAUCAACUCCUCUGCGCAUGUGGCUUUAGUGGUUUGCGGUUCAGGGAAAGCUGAGGCAGUGCAGGCGGCUCUGAACAAGACUGGGAGUGUACCACCUGCGGGUUUGGUUUCUGCUGAAGAGGAGCUUGUUUGGUUUCUUGAUAAACCAGCAUGUUCCAAGCUUUAACUUUUUAAACUUAUCAAUGUGAGUGGACUACUCUGGUUUGGUUUUCCUUUUGGGUUGUUUAAUCGAGUGGUUAACUCGCUGGUUCUCUCCAUUUAUAUGUUGUGGGAGAGGUCCUUUAAUAAACGCAAAGGAUGUUAUUGAAUGCAAAUCUAAUCUGAACUUGUUUGAAUUCUGCAACCAUAUGAUUGGGACUGGUGGUGUCUGUGAUACACAAUUUUAC